AUGGCUAUGCUCACACCGGUUCUGCGCAUCAUCAUUGCCCUUAUUUGCGCCAGCAUGCACCUUGUGAAUGGCUGUAUAAAGUCGUCCAUGCACUAUCGUUCCCAGUCUCGCACAAACUCACGCGUCUUCAUUCCGGACGAAUAUCUACCGAUGCAGAAGGAGCGCAGCUUGGAUGGCAGUGGUCCACUGGAGCCUCAAGAUUAUCAACUUACCAUACCUUCUCCCAAGCUUGUUCGUGUGGACAAUGUCAAUAUUCAGUUUGAAAAUGAAGAGGCACGUUGGAUGACCAAAUACAUUUGGAAGAUAUACAUUGAGCGCGACGAGGGUGGUCGGCCAAGAAAUGUUGGCCGUGUCUGA